GAAUCAAUGAAAAAAAAAAUUGACUGUACCCCAGACUGAUUUGACUGUUCUGACUAUUUGUCUGUUGAGUUUGUUUUGACCGUUUUGACUGUUUUGACAGAUCUGACAUAAUAAGAUACUAUCCCACCAUGUUACGUUUUGCUAACAAAACUUCUACCAUCUCUAGAGCCAAUUUGAGAUCAUUUGCUACUAGUUCUCAAUUGUUGAAAGCUACCAGAAUUGAAACUGAUGCAUUCGGUGAAAUUGAAGUAGAUGCUUCCAAAUAUUAUGGAGCUCAAACUGCUAGAUCUAAACAUAAUUUUAAGAUUGGAGGACCUGCCGCUCGUAUGCCACUUCCAGUUGUUAGAUCAUUUGGUAUUUUAAAGAAAGCUGCUGCUAUUGUUAAUUCUGAAAUUGGAGCUUUAGAUCCAAAAUUAUCAGAAGCUAUUCAAAAGGCAGCUACUGAAGUUUCUGAAGGUAAAUUAGAUGAUCAUUUCCCAUUAGUUGUUUUCCAAACUGGUUCCGGUACUCAAUCUAAUAUGAAUGCUAAUGAAGUUAUUUCUAAUAGAGCUAUUGAACUUUUAGGUGGUGAAUUAGGUUCUAAAAAACCAGUUCAUCCAAAUGAUCAUGUUAACAUGUCUCAAUCAUCUAAUGAUACUUUCCCAACUGUUAUGCAUAUUGCUGCUGUUACUGAAAUCACUGGAUCUUUAAUUCCAGAACUUACUAAAUUACGUGAUUCAUUACAAGCUAAAUCUGAUGAAUUUAAAGAUAUUAUUAAGAUUGGUAGAACUCAUUUACAAGAUGCCACUCCUCUUACUUUAGGUCAAGAAUUCUCUGGUUAUGUCCAACAAUUAACUAAUGGUAUUGAAAGAGUUGAAAAAACUUUACCAAACUUAUUAUACUUAGCUCAAGGUGGUACUGCCGUUGGUACUGGUUUAAAUACUAGAAAGGGAUUUGAUGUUAAAAUUGCUGAUCAAGUUUCUAAAUUAACUGGUUUACCAUUCAAGACUGCUCCAAACAAGUUUGAAGCUUUAGCUGCUCAUGAUGCUAUUGUUGAAGCUUCUGGUGCCUUAAAUACCGUUGCAGUUUCCUUAUAUAAAAUUGCUAAUGAUAUUAGAUACUUAGGUUCCGGUCCAAGAUGUGGAUAUGGUGAAUUAUCUUUACCAGAAAAUGAACCAGGUUCUUCUAUUAUGCCUGGUAAAGUUAAUCCAACUCAAAAUGAAGCUUUAACUAUGGUUGCUACUCAAGUUUUCGGUAAUCAUUCUGCCAUUACUUUUGCUGGUGCAUCUGGUCAAUUUGAAUUAAAUGUAUUUAAACCAGUUUUAAUCUCUAACUUAUUAUCAUCAGUUAGAUUAAUUGCCGAUGGUGCUGCUUCAUUCAGAGAACAUUGUGUUGAUGGUAUUGUUGCCAAUGUUGAUAAGAUUGAAAAGACUCUUCAUGAAUCAUUAAUGUUGGUCACUGCAUUAAAUCCAAAGAUUGGUUAUGAUGCUGCUUCCAAGACUGCCAAGAAUGCUCACAAGAAGGGUUUAACUUUAAAGGAAUCUGCUCUUGAAUUAGGUGUUCUUUCUGAAGCCGAAUUUGAUGAAUGGGUCCGUCCUGAAAAAAUGAUUGGUCCAAAGGAUUAA